CAAAGAGAGAGAGUAGUUAUAAAAGUGAGUGAAGCUUUAUGUGUUUGCAGUGUGUGUUUGUCUGUCGAGGCAGCCAUGGGCACACGGGGCUUGACGUAUCUUCUACCCCUCUUCGUCCUUGUUCUCGCGGGGCUUUCCACUGCAUUCCCUGAACAUGCCCACGAUCCUGCAGGCCAUGCCCAUGCAGGCUACAACUACGAUCCCCCCGCUGUGACCUACUAUCCCCCACACACCACCACGGAGAAGCCAAAGUACCAUGGAUAUAAUUACGACCCCCCCGCUGUGACCUACCACCCCCCUCACCCAACCACCACGAAGAAACCAGACCAUGGUUAUAACUACGACCCCCCUGUUGUGACCUACCACCCCCCACACCCAACCACCACGGAGAAACCAGACCAUGGUUAUAACUACGACCCCCCCGCUGUGACCUACCACCCCCCACACCCAACCACCACAGAGAAACCAGACCAUGGUUAUAACUACGACCCCCCUGUUGUGACCUACCACCCCCCUGUUGUGACCUACCACCCCCCACACCCAACCACCACGGAGAAACCAGACCAUGGUUAUAACUACGACCCCCCUGUUGUGACCUAUCACCCCCCUGUUGUGACCUACCACCCCCCUUACACGACCACCACGGAGAAACCAGACCAUGGUUAUAACUACGACCCCCCUGUUGUGACCUACCACCCCCCACACCCAACCACCACGGAGAAACCAGACCAUGGUUAUAACUACGACCCCCCUGCAGUCACCUACCACCCCCCACACCCAACCACCACGGAGAAACCAGACCAUGGUUAUAACUACGAACCCCCCGCUGUGACCUACCACCCCCCACACCCUACCACCACGGAGAAACCAGACCAUGGUUAUAACUACGACCCCCCUGUUGUGACCUACCACCCCCCUGUUGUGACCUACCACCCCCCACACCCAACCACCACGGAGAAACCAGACCAUGGUUAUAACUACGACCCCCCUGUUGUGACCUACCACCCCCCACACCCUACCACCACGGAGAAACCAGACCAUGGUUAUAACUACGACCCCCCUGUUGUGACCUACCACCCCCCUGUUGUGACCUACCACCCCCCACAUACGACCAUGGAGGCUGAAGAAGACUCCUCAGAGGACACCUACGACUUUGAAUCAGAGCCUGGCGUGAUUGGGGAGUUCAAGAGCAAAUAUAACGUGAAGGACGAAACCGCUGGCUUGGAUUUCGGACACGACCAGUCGGCGGAGGGCAGGGAGAUCAACGGAGAAUAUUACGUUCUCCUUCCCGACGGCACCAAGCAAACUGUGACCUACCACGUGGACAAAGACAGUGGAUACGUGGCCCAUGUGUCCUACGAUCAAGAUGUCAACUACAAGCCCCCUACGCCUCCUGAGAACCUGUACGAACCGCCAGUUAUCAAUGAGGAACCCCACUCUGUUUACAUCUACGAACCGCCUGUCAUCACCGACCCGCCGCCGCCUCCUCAUCUUUACGAAGCUCCAGAGCCUCCUACAAUCUAUGAAACCCCUGAACUUGAAUACGAGGGGCCUGUUAUUGACUUGCGCAGUGGAUAGAUAGGGUAAGACUAGACAGCAAAGGCGGAUAGGCUGUCGGCACUGUAUGGAGGCAUCUGGCAAUCCCACCGGCUGAGUGACAGACUGCAGUUGACUCGCUAACCCCAGCUUUUGUUCUGGUGAGAAUAAAACGCUGGGUAAUUGUUUGUCACUGAUAUCUUAAGGGACCAUAUUCUGUUCGAAACGCUUCUGCACUGCACCUCCACUACUUUCAGAAGGCUCUAGAUGAAGUGACACGUGUUUUGAAGAGUGUUUUUACAGUUUUAGUGAGAGAUUAACAAGGUUUCUUCACUAUUAGCAGAAGGAACACUCUUGAGAACCCGGCUAAUCAUAUCUGGCCUUUGAAAAUAGUCGUGGUGAGAGAGCGAAGCGUUUCUGAAUACGGGUCAUGCGUGUCUGUUUGGGCUUUCAGAAAGGGAAGGAUAUAACAAAAGUGGUAAGUGUAGCAGCUAUGGUAAAUGGUGCAGCUACUUAGGGUCCAAUCAGGCUAUGUCCCACAGUUGCCAACACUACCUAGAGCUCUUUGCGUGUUUCUGUUUUCCCUCUUCGUAACUUCCCUUUUCUUCGCAUGUCCUCCAUUCGUGUCAGAGUCCGUCACUAAAACACUAAACCUCAACCUUAAUUAUAAACUUGGAUUUUUUUUUUUUUUUUUUACAGCAUUUUACUCCUUCCCUGCUUUCCACCCCCCUCCUUCCCUCAUCAGGCAGUCCCACCACUCUUACCAGUAUACGUUACUAAAACACUAAACACUAGAUUUAAAAAUACAGCAAAUUGAAAACUC